AUGGCGGACGCGCUGAGGGAGCGCACGGCGCGGCUGCUAACCGACUACCUAGAGUACUGCGCCCGGGAGCCCGGUACCCCCGCGCGGGCGCCGUCUACGCCCGAGGCCGCGGUGCUGCGCUCGGUGGCCGCCCAGGUACGGCAGCGUCACGAGCGCUUCUUGUCCCAUUACCGCGGCUACCAAGGCAACCGCGUCGAGCUGGUGGCUCAGGUGGAGCGGGAGAUACUCGCCCACCCCCAACUCCUAAGCUGGGGCCGUGUGGUGGCGCUCUUGACCUUUGCGGGAACACUGCUGGAGGGAUCGCCGUCGGGGACCGAUCAGGAACAGGAGCCGGGGGACUGGGAGGCCACCGUUCGCCAGGACUGCGGGCGCCUGGUGGAUUUCCUCUGCAAUCGGCUCACAGGACAGCAUCGCGCCUGGCUGGAGGCGCACGACGGCUGGGAUGGCUUUUGUCUCUUCUUCACACCCAUGCUGCCGUUGGAAAAGAAUGCUGGUCCAGGCUCUUCUGUCAUGCUUUACAGCAGUGAUCUUAAUCUACUUCUGGAAAAGGUUAUUGUGAGUUCUGAAAUUUUUAACGCAUUUCUACCUGCCUAACUGUGACCAGCCAACUGAAUUUGAGAUGUGAAAGAAUAGAACAGAGUAAACCACCUUCUGAGACAUUUUUACCUGCCCUCAUCUAAGGAGUCCUGUGGUGAUGGUUCAGCCAGAGUUUUAACUCCUGGCAAGUACUCAGUAUUAGGACAAAGGCACAAAUGGUUCUUCUUUGAGUGGGGGGAAAAUGGAUUCUAAAGGUUCAUUUCUCUAAAGAAUUGCAGUAGAAGCUACAUUCUAGUAAGUAGGAAACCUGGUGCUUUUUGCUACCUUCGGAUAAGAGUGAAUAUGCAUCUAUCGUCUAUCCAGUUUCAUGUGCUACUGCAGACUCAUUUCUCAAGGCAGUCAGUCAGGGGUGGGAUGCCAAAAGCCCUCCAAGGCCCAGUUUG